AUGCGAGUGCCCGUAACCCGGCAUGGGUAUGCGGAUGUCGCGCCGGACAAGAUCAAGUUGAGCUUGGCUUUGCCGCAUCAGGCCAUCUACAAAUCGCAAGACGUGUACGUACUCGCCAACCAUCCGAAGUUGUCGGCAGCGCAAACGAGGACGAUGAGAUGA